GAAACACAGCACCGAGUCCGAGCUGCUGGUUUUUCCGGUUCAUCCCCUCCGAUUCGGAAUGAACCAGCGUUGAUGUCCCGGCCCGUUUAGCCGCCGUCACCCCGCCGUGCCUCCGUGAUCCUGGCGGGCCCGAACCGUCCGCCAUGGCCUCGGCACUCCCCCGCUGCACAUCUGUCAGACUCCCCGCGUCUGUCGCCGCCAUCCUCCUGCUGAUGUCGGUGACCGCGGUGCGGUCCUCCCAAGGGGACAAGGAGCCGGUGUACCGGGACUGCGUGAAGCUGUGUGUCCGGACGAACUGCACCGGAGCCCGGCUGCUGGGCUUCGAGUCCAGCCAGCCGGGCUACAUGGCGCUGACAGGUUGGACGUGUCGGGACGACUGUAGGUACCAGUGCAUGUGGACGACUGUUGGCCUUUACCAGGCUGAGGGAUACAGAGUCCCACAGUUCCACGGAAAGUGGCCGUUUGUGCGCAUCUUGUGCUUCGAGGAGCCUGCAUCUGCGCUGGCGUCUCUGCUGAACGGCUUGGCCUGCCUGCUGAUGAUGCUGCGCUACCGGAGCACUGUACCGCGCCAAAGCCCCAUGUACCACACCAUCAACGCCUUCUCCCUGGUGUCACUGAAUGCUUGGUUCUGGUCUACAGUGUUUCACACCCGGGACACAUUUCUCACUGAGAAAAUGGACUAUUUCUGUGCAACAGCAGUGAUUCUUUACUCCAUCUACCUGUGCUGCGUCAGGACUUUGGGUUUGAGGCGGCCGGGUGUGUCCAGCAUGGUGGGCGUUCUGCUCAUCCUGGCCUUCACCUCCCAUGUCUCCUAUCUGACGUUCGUCAGAUUUGACUACGGAUACAACAUGGCCGCCAACGUGUCCAUUGGCAUGGUGAACAUGCUGUGGUGGUUCUGUUGGUGCUGGCAGAACCGGCGGACUCUCCCCUACUGGUGGAAGUGUGGCCUGGUGGUUCUGCUGCUUCACGGACUGGCCCUGCUGGAGCUGCUGGACUUCCCGCCGCUGCUCUGGAUCCUAGACGCCCACGCUGUGUGGCACCUCAGCACCAUCCCAGUGCACUUCCUUUUCUACAGUUUCCUGAUAGAUGACAGCCUCUAUUUACUGAACACAGAGAAGUUGGGGGUUAAAGUUGAGUAGGAGGAGUGGAGCGCCUCUUCAUCGCUCACAGAAGCCGCUCCGCCUCCCAGAUGACGCUCACCACACCUCUGACUCGCAUCAAAGUACACUUUGUUUACAUUUAACAUCCAUGUGUGUUUUACUUUGCCUUGCACUGCCAUGUGUGCUACAGUAUUUUCACAACUGCACAUUCUGAGACUCGUUCAAUGGGGGAAGUACUUGAAAAGUGAAAGAAAUGCCUGAAACGAAUGAAUGAAAUGAAUCCCUUCACCUCUGAGAGAGAAAUCUGCAGCAGCGGCAACCAAAAAUGGCGGUUUUGUCAGCGCUGUGCCUGAAACGGGCCGCUGGACUCGGAGCGGUUCCCUCUUAUGGAGCCGCUGAUUGUUCUGGAAAGGCGGGGAAGGCAGUUCCAGCUGACAGCUUUUUUUUUUCUCUCACUGUCACACCUUUACUUUUGUGCCUCUCUUGUUUCCAUAGCUGCUUUUGUUUGCUUUUGUUUCUGUUUUUUAUCAUCUGCCUUGUUUGAUUUUCACCAGUUUUUGGCUCAGUUUUGCCUUUAUUCUGAUCUUUUUCAUUAUUUUUCUGGUGGGAUUUAUUGCCAUUCACCUGGACGGCCUUUUAGAGUGAGAAAAGAGAACAAAAAGGAAGGAAAGUUGCUGUGAAUUUAACCAAAUUCUGUAUUUUAGAUGGUGUGAGUGAAAUUUAGUGCUCCAGGGUUUAUUUUUUGCUUUCAUGUUUUUCUUUUAAUUUAUUGCUUCCUACAAAAACACAAAAUUUCACCAAGUAUUUCUAGUGCAAAUAUUUUAGUAGAAUUAAAAUAAGACAAAACUAGCUUGUAAAUAAAUACGUAACAUUAUUAAAAACAAACACUAGUUCCACUGUCAGAUUCUUUCACUAAUCAGAUAUUUUUUCUUGACUUAAGUGAAAAAAUUUACCAAUGGAACCAAUAUUUUUUUCAUCAAUAUUAAGGGAUUUCUGACUCAAAGCAAGCUCCUAAAUCUUGCUUAAAAGCCAAUUAUAAGUCAGUUUGUCUUAUUUCAAGUGAGCCAAACACCAAAUACUAGACCAGGGGUGUCCAAAGUGUGGCCCGGGGGCCAUUUCUGGUCCUUGGGUUGAUUUUGUGGGGCACAAAUUUGGCCACCUGACAUUUUUGUAAUUUUGUAGGCUAUUUUCCGUGGAAAGUUUGUAUCUUCUUAAACAGAAAAUGUUGAAUUUUUAUUUUUUUUGAGUUUUCUUUUUUAAAAUUAUUUUGUUCUUGCUUGUGGCACAAACAUUGUGUGUUUUUUCUCUAAAACAGACGUUAGCACCCCCAUCCAUUACAUUUAGCUCAAUACAGCAAAGGUCGAAAAAGAAAAUAAUUAUUUUUGUUGCUGGGAAUAAAAUAAAAACAUUUCAUAGGUUUAUAAAAAAGUUAAAUAACUGUAACCAAUAAGGCAAAUAUAAUAUAUUACAUCAGACAAAAUAGAAAAAAAUUCAUAAUGUUUUUGCAUUUUUAAUUGGGGUGGGGAAAAGGGAAACUUUUCCAAACUCUCAGUUUGGACCCCGCUGUAAAAGACCAAAAAUACUUGGUAACAUUUUGUGUUUUUGCAGUGAAUAUUUUCUUCCUGCAUUCAUGUUUUUCUCCUCCAUCCACAUGCUUUUUGCAGAUACUUUUUAUUUUUUCCCAUCAGAAGUGAAAAGUGAACUUACUUCCUCCCACACGUGCACUUUAUCAGCCGAGCAUCCAUUUAGACGCGUUUACGCCUUUUGUGAGAACACAGAGGACUGCGGCUGUGUUUACACGCUGCCUUUUCCAGACAUUUUGUUGUUUUCGCCAUUAAAAGACAAAUGCCUGUUUGUACGUAAGAGAGCGAUCCACUGAACUUUGGGAGCCAAAGAAAACCUCAGAGGAGCUGCUGAUUAAAACGGUUAAAGAGAAAAUAUUAGAUCCUCUGGAUGGCUGGAAGUGCCUCAACACAAUAAAUAAAUAUGUGAUAACUUAAAUAAAACUGAAUCCAAAUGCAUCGGAUUCAUAAAUAAACAUCUUUAGAAUCAAAUUAAUUGUAAUGAAUAUUCAGAAUCUUAUUUUUUUUCUGUUUUUAAUCAAUAUUAUUUUGUUUUCGUUGAUCAUUAAAUCAAUGAAACUGCCUUUCUAUUGACAAUAUAAUUGUGGAAUUUGAAUUUUCAAAAAUAAAUUUGCUUAAUGGAAACUUGCUUUUGAUACAUUUUGUUGAUGAGGUGAUUAUUAAAAAUGUUUUAUUUGGUUUAUUUUAAAAAACUGCAAUGAAAACAUUUUUUUUUUUGUCAAAUAAUCAACAACCGAAUGUUUCCACUGGCACAAACCACGAAGAAGAAAACAGGAAGUAGCUGGAGGAUGACGGUGCAGCAUAAUUUUUAAUGAUUUAUCACGCAAAGAAACUUAUUCACGUGUGAUUUUAUUUAAAUUUCUUAUUUAAUGAAAUUGUUAAAAAAAAAUUUCAACAUUAGCUACAGAAAGGCAGCUACAGAAGAACUCUUAACAUCUGAUUGGUUAACCUAAACAAGUUAAUUUAGUGUUUAUUUACCUUCUAUAUAAUUAAGGGACAUAAUUUCAGAAAUCCUUAAUUAUCUUAAAGAUUCUUUAUAACUAGUUACACUAUUUUUAUUAUUAUUUAGUUGCUUAUUUUAUAGUUUUCUGCUUCAGCAGAUUAAGGAAGACUCUUGAAUGUGAGCGGGCUAAUAUAAGUUGAGCUGAUUGGUCAAAGGUUUUGUAGGUCAACCAAUCAGGUCAGUUGGAUAAUAGCGCAUAACCUGUGAAAUAGAAUCAAUUAAAAAAGUCCACAUUUCUUGACAUUUAAAUUAUUAUUUAAAAUAAAUUAUCACAUAUUUAUUUAAUGGCAAAGUUACUGAUAAAAUUGUCACUUUUGUUACUCCAUAACUUGGAACCAACUAUAUUUGAAUGUUGAAAUUAAAGAAAUUUAUAUAAAUAUUUAUUGAAAGCAAACUUUACUAAAAAUAUAUCGAUGUAUUUGUGAAAUCAUAAAUAGUAAUAAAAAUCAUUAAGAGGUGCGAUAAUUCCCAUAAAUCAUCUGUCUUCCUCAGUAGUAAACGCGUCUCUCUGCUGCCCCCUGCCUGCUGCCCUGUGCAACAUCACCUCUCCCACUGAGCGCACUUUCAACCACCUCAUAUCAGAUAUUUGACCAAAAAACUACAAAAAUGUGGAUGUGGAUAAAAUAAAAAGUGUUUGUUGAUAAGAAA